UUUAAUCGGAUUGGACCGUUAGAAUAUUUUGCUUUGGUUUACACUUCGAUAAACCAUGUUGCCGAAACUACUUUCGUAACCUUCAUUGUGAUCUAUUCAUGCGCGAUAGUCGUGCAUGGGAUCCAGAUGAUCUAAGCAAAUUGAGAUUAAAAAACAAAUACAUAAUAGUCAGAGUGUUCUUUUUUAACGCACAACAAAAAGAAAUAAUGUAUUAAAGUUUGAAAAAUGUAUGAAAUUAGAAUUAAAAUUCCGCGAAAUAAAACGAAUGAUCCCAAGUUGGCAUUGUUAACACCAUGGCGAAUCAUGGCGUCAUUCGAAUGAAAACUCUCACGCUGAAGAUUAUUCCGUUAAAUUAAAAUGAAGUUUUUGAGAGACGACAUCCUAGAGAAUUUAAAGACUAAUGGAUAUGUGGUAAUUCCAAAUGUUUUAUUAAAGGAAGAAUGUGAUGAGCAUGCUGGAAGUUAUAAAAGAUGGUAUUCCAUUUUAAAGGAUUCUAGAGCAAAAAUGAUGCAGCGAAGAUCCGUCAUACAAUCAUACAGAGUCGGUCAUUUUGACACAACAUGGAAAAUAAGACUCAAGGUGAAGCCGGUUUUUGAAAUGGUAUGGGGGACGAAGAAACUUCUGACAAGCGUAGAUGGAAUUGCAAUUUCUAUGCCUUCAGAAACAGGUGAAGCCGAUUUCCGCUCGCAUGGUGAUUGUUGGAUGCAUUUGGACCAAGGUGCAAAACGUAGGGGUCUCCAUGCAUACCAAGGGGCCGUUUAUCUGGAGGAAUCAACCGACAAAGACUAUUGUUUCCGAGUAAUGGACGGAUCGCAUGAAUUCCAUUCAGAAUUUUUCAGAGCUUUCCCUUAUGCCGGCGAAAAAUCAAAGCGUUGUGAAUUUUACAAAUUCAACGAGGAAGAAAGAACAUGGUACGAAAACAAUGGUUGUCAUUUGAUAUCCGUUCCUGUUCCAAAAGGUGGAAUCGUUUUAUGGGAUUCUAGGACUGCGCAUGAUAAUUUAGCUCCACUAAGUGGAAGACCAGAUACGGACAGAUGGCGCUGUGUCUGUUUUGUAAGCAUGACACCUGCAAAAUGGGCAGGAAAAGACGAUAUCGAAUUUAAAAACAAGGCUUACGCUGAUAUUGCCAUGACAACUCAUUGGUCAUCUCAAGGUCAAAAGCGUCACAGAUCACACAAAUCAGAAAAAUCAGAAGAAAAACGUGAUGAUGUACUCUCAAUAAAAAGACUUCCUGCAAUUUCACAAACAAAGGAGGCCAAAUUAUUAAUGGGCGUCGAUAGAUACGAUUUUAAAGAUGGUGAGGCAAAUGGUCCACCUGCCCCUAACUGGAUAUAACUUAUAUCAUCUUAAGAUAACAGUUGUAAUUGAAAGGAAAACUAGACUUCUCGUUUUAAAACGUUGCAUAUAUUGACCUAUUGGGUCAAUUCACUGAUGAUGACAGAUAAGCGAAAAAAUCAAAUAAAAUAGACAACCGAAAUUUUG